AUGUUUCAACUCAAGCCUCUCAUUCAUCACUCUCCAACUCCAAGCCUCUUAAGAUAAAACAUAUUACGAGUAUAGUAAAAUCAAUUCAUUAAUUACCUUCGUAAGAAAAUGGCUAGUACCCCAUCUGUUCAAGAAAUCCGAAACGCACAAAGAUCCGAUGGUCCGGCCACCAUACUAGCCAUUGGGACCGCCAACCCGGUUAAUGAAAUGUACCAAGCCGAGUAUCCGGAUUUCUACUUCCGUGUUACCAAGAGCGAGCAUAUGACUCAACUCAAGCAAAAGUUUAAGCGCAUGUGUGAAAGGUCGAUGAUUAAGAAGAGGUACAUGCACGUAACAGAAGAGUUGUUGAAAGAGAACCCACACAUGUGCGACUACAAUGCGUCGUCCCUAGACACUCGCCAAGACAUUCUGGCAACUGAAGUGCCCAAACUUGGCAAAGAGGCAGCUGUUAAGGCCAUCAAAGAGUGGGGCCAACCGCGGUCCAAGAUCACCCACGUCAUUUUCUGCACCACUUCUGGUGUCGACAUGCCCGGGGCUGAUUACCAGCUCACCAAACUCCUUGGUCUCCGACCAUCGGUGAAGCGGUUCAUGCUUUACCAGCAGGGUUGCUACGCCGGGGGUACAGUCCUCCGUCUAGCCAAGGACAUCGCUGAGAACAACCGUGGAGCUCGUGUCUUGGUGGUGUGUUCUGAGAUCACCGUCAUCUGCUUCCGUGGGCCCACUGAGACCCAUUUGGACUCUAUGAUUGGCCAAGCUUUAUUUGGAGACGGAGCUGGUGCUGUUAUUGUAGGUGCUGAUCCAGUAGAGUAUAUUGAGCGACCCAUCUUUCAGCUUGUAUGGGCCGCUCAAACUAUUCUCCCUGACUCAGAGGGAGCCAUCGAUGGCCACCUCCGAGAAGUCGGGCUAGCCUUCCACUUACUGAAGGACGUCCCGGGCCUUAUCUCAAAAAAUAUUGAGAAGGCUUUGGUUGAAGCAUUCAACCCUAUAGGGAUCAUUGAUUGGAACUCCAUCUUUUGGGUAGCUCACCCUGGUGGCCCGGCUAUCUUAGACCAGGUGGAAGCCAAGCUCGGGCUCAACCAAGAUAAACUCAGCCCGACUCGGCACGUACUCAGUGAGUAUGGAAACAUGUCUAGUGCUUGUGUUUUGUUCAUCUUGGAUGAGAUGAGGAAGAGGUCAAUGAAGGGAGAAAUGAGUACCACAGGAGAAGGGUUGGAUUGGGGUGUCUUGUUCGGGUUCGGGCCGGGCCUUACAGUCGAGACUGUUGUUCUCCACAGUGUACCCCUAGCCAACUAAGGUCAUGAGGCCCCUACCUAUUCAUAAUUCAUCAACCGAUUGAAUAAGUUCAUAAAUCGACAUCUUAUUUUUUCCAAAUUUUUUGUAAUAAGUUGAUGUGCUAAGUUCUUACCUUGUAAAAAAAUGCGAUGUACUUUUAUCAAUUACCGAGCUUGAAUAAGAAUUCAAAUAUUUAUAUUUUA